AUGUACCGGAGAAUACAUUUUUUCAUAUCUAUCUAUCUAUCUAUCUAUCUAUCUAUCUAUCUAUCUAUCUAUCUAUCCCACCUUUAUCAAUCUAUCUGUAUAUCUAUCCUUUCUUUCCCCACCUUUAUCUAUCUAUCUAUCUAUCUAUCUAUGUGGAUGUUAUCAUUCGGCAACGAAAGCUUCGUAGAGAGGCGUUUUCCAUGCGUGCCAGUUUCGACCUUUUCCCCCUGUUUCUCUGUUGGUGGCCAACGGGUUUCUUACUCGCAGAUAAGUAAUAAACAGACCAUCCAAUUCUCGCCCUGCACGAAACCAUUGACAGAAAGUCUUUUUUUUCUCUCUGAAUGCACUUCGUUCUCUCUUUCUCACCCUCGCUCCAAAAAAAUGUCGAAAAUCCUGGUUAUUUUCUUUUAUCUAUCUAUCUAUCUAUCUAUCUAUCUAUCUAUCUAUCUAUCUAUCUAUCUCUUAAAUGCAUUAAAGGCUAGCUACUCUUUACAUAAACCUGCCAUUGAAGUGGAUCAAGCCGAGACUUUUCACAUUACCACUCGUCUAUUCUUUUCUCUCUCUAUUCUUUCUCUCUCUCUCUCUCUCUCUCUCUCUCUCUCUCUCUCUCUCUCUCUCUCUCUCUUGUUCAUUUCUCUCUCAUUCAUAACCUUUCUCCCUUCUUCCCCCCCCUCUCUCUCUCUAUCCAAAAUCAUAUUAUCUUUGCAGACAUGA